CAAGGUUGGUUGUAAGGAUACUAAAUGGUUCUGUCUAUUCCAACUAUUAGAAGAAACAUUCAUAAAAUUCCAGGCCACCUGGUGGCAAAUACAAUUUAGAUUUUAGCUUUACUCUGCUUGAUAACAAGCUAAAUAUGGUUUUAAAUUCAAAAGUAUUAUCUACUGGAGAUGUUAUUAUUUGUGGCUAUUUGAUGAAAAGCAGACGUAUUGAAAUGUUACGUAAACUCUUGUGGAAUCUUGAUUGCAUGAAACAUUCUACAGAAUCUAAUGUUAUAGAUUGGAAAAGAAGAUAUUUCAUACUGUACAAAGUUCAUAAUCAAAAUAAAACAGAAAUAUUUUUUGAUUAUUACAAAGAUGAAACUGUUACAAAAUUUAAAGGUCGUGUUGAUUUAGAACAUUGUGAAUGUAUUGUUGAAAAUGUCAAUAUUGGUCGACCAUGUGCAUUUUCAAUUUCAACAUUAUUUAAUGGAAAUAAACGAGUUUAUUAUUUUUUAGCAGCAAAUCAUAAAAUCAUGUCUGAUUGGGUACAACAUUUAGCAUGUGUAGCAGAAUUAGUUGAUGUUUCUACUACUACUACUACUAAUACUACUACUAAUACUACUAAUACUACAGAUGUUAAUUCUAAUCAACGAACUGUUGUUGAAAAUAAUAACAAUAGUCGAAUUCCUUCAAGUGGUGCUUGUAAUGCACCACCUUUAUUUCAGCGGCCAACACCACCCUGUAAAAUUUCUUCCGAUAAUCACAGUCAUAAUAAUGGUGUACAUUCCAAAGAUUCAAAUAAUAGUAAAAAUAGACAAACCACAUCACCGAAUUAUCAUUGUUCAUUAGUAAACAAUCAACAAGCAAAUAAUUAUGAUGAUGAUAAUGAUAAUAAUCAUGCUGAUGGAGAUGAUUAUAAAGAGAUGAUUGGUGGAGUUGAUUAUUUAUUGUCUGGUUCUGAAUUACUGUUAGGUGAUUAUCAUCAUCUUCCAGAUACACGUCAUUCUUAUGUAAAUUUAACGAAUACUGUUGGCGCAGAGAAAGAAUUCACUAUAAAUUAUUCUUCAUUACCUAGAAUAAGCAAUAAUAGUAAUAAUAAUAAUAAUAAUAAUAAUAUGAAUGUGAAACAAACUGCCGGUGAUGUUGCAUUCAAAUCAUCAAAUGAUAAUUUGACUAAUCAGAGAAGUAAAUAUCAUCAUGUAAACAGUAAUACUGUUAGUACUUCGUCUAAAAACUCUUUAAAACGUCAAAAUUCUUCAAAUAGUGUCUAUUAUAAUGUAUGGGAUUCUGAAGAUGGAUCAAAAGUUAUUACUACUACCACAACUACUACUACAACAACUACUACUACUGCUAGCGAUUCAAUCAUGGACUCAGAAAUCUAUGCAUCAUCAAAACGAACUAAUCAUGUAAUUGCACAGAAUACAAGAAUUUAUCGUAAAAGUCAUUGUAUGCUAGGGAAUAAUAAUAUGAAUAAUAGUAAUAGUAAUAGUAGUAGUAUUAAAACACUUUCUAACUCUCCACUACUUCAUCAUCCAUCAUCAUUGUAUGAUCAAAAAUCCAAUCAUCAUCAAUGUUUAUUAUUAACAAAAAUGGGAAUAGGGACAACAUCAGCAGCAACAACAACAACAGCAGCCAAAAGUCAUAAACCUGCACCUCCACCACGUAUGUCAUCACCUUUAAAAUUAGCAUCAUCAUCUACGUUGCCUUCGUCAUUCACAAUGAAUUCAACUAAUGUUUUAUCAGGAUUAAAUUUGGAAUCACCAUUACCAAUUCGUGCCAAAGCUUCAACUAUGUCUGUAGAUAGUAGUUUAAAUAGUAAUAGCAGUAAUAGUAAUAGUAAUAGUAGUAGUAGUAGUAAUACUACUACUUGCAGUGAUAUGAAUAUCUCCAUUCCUAAUAAUACAUCUAAUCUGAAUAACAAUAAUAAUAAUAAUAAUGAUCCUGAUAAUAAUAAUAAUCACGAUGCUGACCAUCGUAAUCAUCAAUUUGUGAAUAAGUCGGCCGCGGCGAUCAAUGAAGAUGACAAGGAGAAUAGAAUGCACAACACAUUCGAUCAUCAUUGUCAUAUCAAUCCGAUUGAUAAAAAUCAUCCCAAUCUCAAUAAUCAUAAUCCUAUUGAUACCUCAACAAAAUGUACAAUUCCUGCACAUAAAAUCUCUCAUUUGAAUUAUAUUGAACCAUAUAAUUUGGAUUUACGCACUGUCCCUUGUUCACAUGAACAACAAUUAGGCAAUAACGAUGAUGUUGGUAGCAAUGCGUUGGCAUCUACUCGGCCAAUGACAAUGACUACAGUAACAUCAUCGUCAUCAUUGUUAUUGAAAACUGGAUCCAGUUUACCUGUUACAGUAACAACAACACCAAAGUCGGAUGUUUCAUUUAGUACAUCUACAACUGAUGUAACAUGUGUUUGUUCACCACAACAAACAUCAUUGAGUCAUCCUUAUUCUAUGCCGUCCACUGCUUCGAUGUCUACUACUACUACUACCACUACUACUAACAAUACUACUUAUAUCAAUCCUCUUCAAUCUUCGCAUCUGUUAGAUUCAUAUUCAAAAUCAGAUAAAACUUUAUUAUUAAUUCCUUGUCAUAAUGCUAACAUUGCUAAUACUACUACUAUUACUACUAUAAGUAGUAAAAAUAAUAAUAACAGCACAACUCAUCAUCAACCAAUUAUUGAUGAACAUACAGAAUAUCGAGAAAUUGACAUCAUCGGUACAAAUGCUUUAGCUAUUGUUAAAGAACGAUUUGGAUAAUUUGGGAAUAUAGGGCAUCUGUCGACUAGAAUUCCCUAAUCAACUCUAUCUAUCCUGGGCUUUCUUCCUUGCCAAUAAUGCUGGGCCCCUAUUUAUGUCUUCCGAGAUGGACAACGCGUAUACACAUGUACACACAGACAGACAGACAAUAAAUGACGUUACUAUGAUUAUCAUUGUUAUUACUACUGUUGACAGUAUUACUUUUGAAUGUAUGUAAAAAUGUUUAUAUUUUGUAUAUUUAAUUUCUAUAUUUCAGUUAUCAAUCAAUCAAUCAAACAGAGUUUACAUUAGCUGCAUAUGUAUGUGUAUUCGUCUGUUUGUUUUUCUAAUUUUGAAUGAGGAGAAUUCGCGAGCACACACAUACAUGCAUUAUUAUUUAUAUGUGGUGCUUGAACGUUUUUGUGCAUGAUUGAUUUUAACAUUUUUUUCUUUCUUGGUAUUUUUUCAUUGGCUGUUUACUACUGGUUGAUAAGAGUGGCUUGAUUGAUCAGGAAUUUUUAAAUGUUUUUGAUAUUAUUAUUAUUAUUAUUAUUAU